AUGGCGUUGCUAACAGAUCUGGGGGCGGAAAUCGUGAUUCCGGUCUGUGCCGUCAUCGGCAUCGCUUUCUCCCUCGUACAGUGGCUACUCGUUGCGCGCGUGAAGCUCACGCCGGGCCGCGGUGGCGAGUCGUCGGCGGCGAAGAACGGGAAGAAUGGGUACGGCGACUACUUGAUUGAGGAGGAGGAAGGCAUCAACGACCAAAACGUAGUUGUCAAGUGCGCCGAAAUCCAGAGCGCGAUUUCUGAAGGCGCAACAUCUUUUCUGUUUACGGAAUAUCAAUAUGUGGGUAUUUUCAUGGUUGCUUUUGCAAUCCUCAUCUUCCUUUUCUUGGGCUCGGUCGAAGGGUUCAGCACGAAGAGCCGACCCUGCACAUACGAUAAAGAGAAGCUGUGCAAGCCAGCUCUUGCAGUCGCUAUCUUCAGUACUGUAUCCUUCUUGCUUGGUGCUAUCACAUCUGUUCUCUCAGGUUUUCUUGGAAUGAAAAUUGCAACCUACGCAAAUGCCAGGACAACACUUGAAGCUAGGAAAGGUGUCGGCAAAGCAUUUAUUGUUGCAUUUAGAUCAGGUGCGGUUAUGGGUUUUCUCCUUGCUGCAAAUGGCCUGUUGGUUCUGUAUAUUGCCAUCAACCUAUUCAAGCUCUAUUAUGGAGAUGAUUGGGAGGGCCUUUUUGAGGCAAUUACUGGAUAUGGUCUUGGUGGGUCCUCUAUGGCUUUGUUUGGGAGAGUUGGGGGUGGCAUUUACACUAAAGCCGCCGAUGUUGGUGCUGAUCUUGUCGGAAAGGUCGAGAGAAACAUUCCAGAGGAUGACCCCAGGAAUCCUGCUGUGAUUGCAGAUAACGUUGGUGACAAUGUAGGAGAUAUUGCAGGAAUGGGGUCUGAUCUUUUCGGUUCAUAUGCUGAGUCAUCUUGUGCCGCUCUUGUUGUGGCGUCAAUUUCAUCGUUUGGACAGACUCAUGACUUCACUGCAAUGUGCUACCCACUGCUUAUUAGUUCCAUGGGUAUUCUUGUGUGCUUGAUCACUACUCUUUUUGCUACUGACUUUUUCGAGAUAAAGGCUGUUGAGGAGAUCGAGCCGGCGUUGAAGAAGCAGCUUAUUAUAUCUACAAUUCUUAUGACUGUGGGAAUUGCAGUUGUUACCUGGACCUGCCUGCCGUCAUCUUUCACAAUUUUCAACUUUGGCACCCAAAAAGAUGUGAAAAACUGGCAGCUAUUCCUAUGUGUUUGUGUUGGGCUCUGGGCUGGGCUUAUCAUUGGAUUUGUGACUGAAUAUUACACCAGCAAUGCCUACAGCCCUGUGCAAGACGUUGCAGAUUCCUGCAGAACUGGUGCUUCUACCAACGUUAUAUUUGGUCUUGCCUUGGGAUAUAAAUCAGUUAUCAUUCCCAUUUUUGCUAUCGCUAUUAGCAUUUUCGUUAGUUUCACCUUUGCUGCCAUGUAUGGCAUUGCUGUGGCUGCUUUGGGUAUGCUAAGCACGAUCGCCACUGGGUUGGCCAUUGAUGCCUAUGGUCCUAUCAGUGACAAUGCUGGAGGUAUAGCUGAGAUGGCUGGUAUGAGCCACAGGAUUCGUGAGAGAACUGAUGCCCUUGAUGCUGCUGGAAAUACCACUGCUGCUAUUGGAAAGGGAUUUGCAAUUGGAUCUGCUGCGCUCGUUUCGUUAGCCCUAUUCGGCGCAUUUGUGAGCCGUGCCGAGAUCUUGACAGUUGAUGUGUUGACCCCCAAAGUCUUCAUUGGUCUGAUUGUGGGGGCCAUGCUGCCUUACUGGUUCUCAGCAAUGACCAUGAAGAGUGUUGGUAGUGCGGCUCUGAAGAUGGUUGAAGAGGUCCGCCGGCAGUUCAACACCAUCCCCGGGCUCAUGGAGGGCCAUGCCAAGCCCGACUAUGCAACGUGCGUCAAGAUCUCCACUGAUGCCUCCAUUAAGGAGAUGAUACCUCCCGGAGCACUCGUCAUGCUCACCCCUCUCAUUGUUGGGACCUUUUUUGGGGUCGAGACCCUCUCUGGCGUUCUCGCUGGCUCUCUUGUUUCUGGUGUUCAGAUUGCGAUUUCUGCAUCCAAUACCGGCGGUGCAUGGGACAAUGCAAAGAAAUACAUAGAGGCUGGCGCUUCGGAGCACGCAAGAACCCUGGGCCCUAAGGGAUCAGACCCACACAAGGCAGCGGUCAUUGGGGACACCAUUGGGGACCCACUAAAGGACACCUCGGGACCUUCUCUCAACAUCCUCAUCAAGCUUAUGGCCGUCGAAUCCCUUGUUUUUGCUCCCUUCUUCGCAACUCACGGGGGACUCCUAUUCAAGCUGUGA